GUUUUCUCGGAUCGAUGCGUUUCGAUCGGCUCGCCGCGGCGUCCUCCGUCGCGACGCUCGUCGGCGUUUAACCAGCGCUUGGUCGGCGUCGUCGCUAGUUUCUACCACCCGUUUCACAGGUGUUCGCGUUGGUUCACGGAGGAUGUCGCGUUUGCGGUGAGGCCGCCGUUUCUCCGCUCGCAAGCUCGCUCGCGCUGAAGAACGGAAGUCGGAAUGGCGUCCGAUGACGGUGAGACGCAGGAGGCGCGGGAGACGCAGGAAGCGGCCGAGGAGGACCUCAGGAUCUUCGAGACGCUGCGCAUCUCCUCGCCCCGGAAGGUGGACCCUGAUGACGCUAUGACCCACGAUUUGACGACCACUUUGAGGAGCGAGCUGGCGGCUUUGGAAUACAAACGAGAUAGACUUAUGUCCGAGCUGCAGGAGAUGAAGAGCAUCGUGAGAUCACGGGAUCAGAGGGUCCUGGACCUGCAGGUGGAGGCUGAUCAGCUUCGUGAGCAAGCGGCCCGGCAAAAUGCUGUCGUCUCGAGCCUCAAGAAGCGCAUUCAGGACUUGGAAGAGAGAGAAAGAAAUUUUUACGCGUCUCAAGGCAGAAACGAGAUCACGAUGCAAGGUCUGCAACGUGACGUAAAGUACCACGAGGAGAAGGUCAGGGAAUACGAGAAGAGGAUCCGACAGCUGGAGCACAACAUAUCCGAGGAGGUCCAAUUGAAGGAUCGCGCGCGUCUGAAUCUGCAGGACUUCGUGCGAAGAUUGGCGCACGCGGUGAACGUCGAGUACUGCGAGACGGCGCAUCACAGUCCGGAGAUGGUGAUCCACAAGGCCGAGGAGCUUGUACAGGAAGUGAAUCGAUUGCGGACGAAGAGCACGAACGUCGAGACGCAAUUGACGGGUGUCGAGGUGGAUUUCCGAACCUGCAGGGACGCUCUUGACCGCGCCGCUACGGAGAAGGAACAGUUGCAGAGACAGUUGUCCGUUCAGCUAGUCGACAUGGAUCGUUUGCGUCAGGAAAAGGAGUGCCUGGAAAUGCAAUAUAGGGUCGCGGAGAAGGACAUGAACGAUCUGAGGGACAAGCUUGUCAACGCAAACAGAAGUCUAACCAGCGCAACGGGGAACAUAUCCAAUCAGGAGGCAUUGAUCUGUCAAUUACGAGACGAUCUAAAGGCCCGCGAGGAGAAGACGCAACGAGUGCAAAACGAUAUGCGUCACCUCCUGGAAUCCGUGGCAAUUCUCCUCAGUACACCCAACCGAUUCGUCGAGUCACAUGAGAACGCGAUCAAGGAUCGUAUCCGAGAGAUCGUGGGGGACAACAAGGAUCAGUCGCUAAAAAUACAGAGUCUUCGGGAGAAAGUGAACACGGCGACGGAGUCGACGAAUCGACAAAGCGAGUUGGUCGAUUCCACGAUGAUGAAGGUGCGCAGUUUGGAAGAGGAACGCGCCGCUCUGGAAGCUAAGAUACACAAGUUGGAUUCCGAGCUCACGAGCUGCGAACUCUCCCGAGAGUCUUUACGCAGAGACAAGCACACGUUUGUGACUUUCCUUGAUCGGUUGAGCAAGGCGAUGCAGAUGGACGAGAUCUCUCAGGAGAUCGGAAUUGAUCUUCAGACCGAAUCGAUGUUGGUGCGGGCCGAGCAGCUAGCUAGACUUGAGACCGACAAGCUAGUGGACAAGUAUUUGUGCUCCAGCUACACGACCCUACCGAGGAUUCGGCGCGAGCGGUCGUUCCACGAGCUUCCUUGUCUCAAAGAAACUUCCGUGGUUUAUCAACUGCAACGCCGAGUCCGUACCCUGCGGGAGCAACUUCAGCGCAGGGACCUGCAUCUAGACCUCUUACGUAGGAAGCUGUCCCUGCAGGAGGAUAGCGUGAGGAUGAAGUCGCUGUUGCAGAGCGAGCGGGACGAGGCGAACAUUCGCGCGAAGAAGCUGGCAAAGCAGGUCGAGCGACUACAGGUCCAAUUGUCGGAGGAAAAGUCGCGGAAUCGGGAGUUGAGCGCACAAUUGACGGAAGCCGCGGAUUACAAGAUAGCUGCGCUGGAACGCACCCGGAAAAUCGAGGAACUCCAGAAGCGCCUGGUGGAGAGUGAGAUGCUGCGAACGCGCUACAACAGAAAGUUGACGAUGGCGAAAGAGCACAUAAGAACGACCACGGAGACAGCCGAUCAGGAGAGAUCGAUAAACGACCAUUCCUUGCAGCUCCUCCGUGACGAACUCGCACAGGUCAAGCAGAAUCUCUCUGAGGUCACGAGGAGAGAAUCCCAGCUCCAGAGCUUCCGCGUCUCGGUGGUGAAGUUAUUGUCGGAGCCAAUCUGCACGCCCGAUUACGAGAUCAUUUCGCGGUUGCAGAAAAUGGUCGCGGCUCAUCGCGACUUUACGAUGCUCUCCCGUAGAUACGACGAGCCCUUGGAAACGAGUCCCUCAAGAUGCACCAGCAUUCAUCCGGUACAUCCGCCGAGAUCACCCGGUUCACGCUGCACCCGUUACGAGGACAGUGGCUUCGCGGACCCGCCGGACCUCCACGACAUCGAUGACGAUUACAACAAGAGACCAGUGAGGAGCAGCCUCCUUCCGUGACACCGGCCAAGAUUCAAGUUUUAAGCGCAUCGUCUCACGAUCGCCAGAUCCGACUCGUCUACUGAAUUCGGAAGCUGCAGCUUCCGGUCUCACGUAGCUGAGGGAAAGCAAUUGUCUCACAAGUAAAGCGUUACGUUUACCCCGUGUAAACGAACGACUUUUACGAAGCGAAGAGGACCAUUCCAUUCGUCGAGGACUGUUCCACACAUCGUUGUUUCACACAAAUAAGGCAACGAGCAACAAGUCGCAAGAUCGUACAACCGAAGCAAGAUACCGAUUCCAUUGGAACAAGCAUUAAGAAAUCAUUCAAGCGUGCUGUUACGAGGAAAAAGAAGAGGAAAUCAACGACGAGAUCGUUCAUGUGAAAUCGUAACUUUACGUGAAUUGGUAAUGCAGUCCUCGUGAAACAUUCCUAACAGAUCGUGUGGAAGUGCAACACUGAAUGUGGAACCUCUCAGAUGUCACGAACGAAAACUAUUGAAUAGUGUUCAGCAAAAAUUUACGUAGAUCGAUUGCAGGCGCGUUACAAGUAUUUAUAUUUCGAAAUAUCUAAAAUAAGUGACACAGAUUUCGAUUUAUACGAAUAAAAAAUAGUUAUUAUAUUGUACAUAUACAUACAUGUAUUAUACAUUUAGUCUCGAAAAAAUCGCUUGAUGGCCACUCGGAGCAAGCGGGAGUGUCAUUAAUUCGCAUCAAAAGAAUGGAAUUGUGUCAAGUAAGAAUAAUUAAACGCGCGAACUAUAUGCAAAUGACGUUACGUGAAAUAAUAAGGAAUACGGUUGGAAUAAAGCCAGUCCAGAAAAAUGGAAUACGAACUAAAGACUGAAUAAUAUUUUAUUGAGUUCCGUCGUGCCGCAGUGUUUUAUCUUCACUUAUAUUUUUUCUACAAACUGUUCGCAAAAAUGUAUCUGGUUUAAAAGGGCUAAUCUUAUGUUUACUCAACAAUUUUAAUUCAGUGCGAUUAUAUAUAUCAAAAAUCUGAGUGUUCAACGAAAACCUGAGUGUUCAUAAAGUUUUUUAUAAAAUUUA